AUUUCUAGAUGGAAGAGAAGACGGCAGAAGAUGACGGCACAGAGGACUCGGAUGGAUCGGGGAUGGAGAGUGACGACCCUCUCACUGCCACUGACACCAAAUAUGGGAAGAGUUUCAGACAUUUCACAAGAGAGGCUCUACCCAGACUGGACAACUAUAGGAAUGUGCUGUCGUUGCACGCUGCUCCCCGACCUACUCUCGACGAGCUGCACAACGCUUCUCUAUCCAGGAAGCCAGGCCAGACCUUGGAGAAGGACAUGGCGCCCCCGGAGCCGCCCAGCUCGCAGUUCAAGUUCGGCUGGAUCAAGGGUGUGCUGAUGCGGUGCCUGCUCAACAUAUGGGGGGUUAUGCUCUUCCUGCGUCUGUCCUGGGUCGUCGGACAGGCGGGCGUUGCGCAGGCCGCGCUGCUGAUCCUGACCACGUCGGUGGUGACCACCAUCACGGCGUUGUCCAUGUCCGCAAUCAGCACCAACGGAGUCAUUAAAGGAGGUGGCACGUAUUACAUGAUAUCCCGGUCGCUUGGGCCGGAGUUCGGGGGCUCUAUCGGCCUCAUAUUCUCUAUGGCCAACGCCGUCGCAUGCGCCAUGUACGUAGUCGGCUUCGGCGAGUCCCUCAUCACACUCAUCCCGGAGUCCGCCUACAUGGUCAGCAAGAGUUGGGACCAAGCGAUCUACGGCUGCAUUACCAUAGUACUCCUCACCGGCAUCGUGAUUGUGGGCAUGGAAUGGGAGGCGAAGGCGCAGAUAGUGUUGCUGGUGAUCCUCCUGGCCGCCAUCGUUGACUUCCUGAUCGGCUCCGUUGUAGGACCGAAGAGUGACGUAGAACACGCGCAGGGAUUUGUUGGAUAUAAUAUGAGUAUCUUCUACGACAACCUGUGGUCGGACUACCGUUUCUUCGAGGGUGUUGAGCACAACUUCUUCUCCGUGUUCUCGAUAUUCUUCCCGGCCGCCACGGGCAUACUUGCCGGGGCCAAUAUAUCCGGUGAUUUGAAGGAUCCUCAGAAGUCCAUCCCCAAGGGUACUCUUCUAGCCAUCCUUCUGACUACGCUCUCAUACUUACUAAUUGGAGUAAUUGCUGGAUGGACUGUGUUAAGGGACGCGUCUGGUUCUGUUGCCGAUCUUGCGGCUAAUAAUUUUACUGCGUGUGCCGCCACACAUUCCUGUGCUUAUGGCCUGCAGAAUAGUAAUGAUGUGAUUCGCCUAGUGUCGGGGUUCGGGCCGCUGAUAUACGGCGGGUGUUUCGCAGCCACUCUCUCUUCCGCACUCGCCUCUCUCGUCUCCGCGCCUAAAGUGUUUCAGGCAUUAUGUCAGGACAAGCUCUACCCGUACCUGGAGUACUUCGCGAAGGGGUACGGCGCCAACAACGAGCCCGUGCGCGGGUACGCGCUCACAUUCAUCAUCGCCACCGCUUUCAUACUGAUGGGUGGAUUGAACCAGAUCGCGCCUUUGAUUUCCAACUUCUUCCUGGCAGCCUACGCACUCAUCAACUUCUCUACCUUUCACGCCAGCCUCGCCCGGCCCGUGGGGUGGAGACCUACAUUCCGGUUAUACAAUAUGUGGCUAUCCCUUUUGGGCUCGAUGCUGUGUGUGGCGAUAAUGUUCGUGAUAUCAUGGAUCACGGCGCUGAUCACCUUCGCUUCUCUACUCGCUCUCUACCUGCUCGUCUCAUACAGGAAGCCCGACGUUAACUGGGGUUCAACAACGCAAGCGCAGACCUACAAGACUGCGCUCUCGGCAGUGCAUCAACUCAAUAGAGUAUCUGAGCACGUCAAAAACUAUAGGCCACAGAUAUUGGUGCUGACAGGGUUCCCGGCUGAAAGACCUAUUCUCACAGACUUUGGUUAUUUGCUAACGAAAGGUCUAUCUUUGAUGUUGUGCGGACACAUAUUGCAGGGCCAAGUGAGUCACCGCGGUCGCGAAGCUCUGACGUCACGCGCCUAUGCUUGGUUCACUAGAAGAAAGAUAAAGGCCUUCUACUGCCUCGUGGACAACGCCGGCUUCAAGGACGGGGCCAGUGCUCUCAUGCAGGCUAGCGGACUUGGUAAACUGCGACCCAAUAUCCUGAUGAUGGGCUUCAAAGAGGACUGGCAGACUUGCGACCGAGAGGACCUGGCUGCCUACGUGGAGCUUAUGCAUAAGGCCCUGGACAUGCACAUGGGUCUAGCGCUAUUGCGCGUAGAAGGCGGCCAACGUGCAGACGGUGCUUUGGACGACGAUCUGCUCGCAUAUUUAGACGAUUUGAACGCUCAUAGUGCAGACCAUACGCGUUCCAUGGGGGACAACUUCAAGGAGUCCAAGUCUACGGAGAGUCUUAACACGCACUCCGUGGGCAGCAGCGUGUCAGACGUGUCGCUGGGCGGGCCGCGCCUGGUGUCGCCCGACCCCGCCGCCGAAGCCCCGUCGCCGGACACCAACGAAAGCGACAACAAACAAAAGAAGAGUUUAAGCGGUGCGGUUCGUCGAGCACUCGCCACUGGCAGAACCAGACGCACCUCCUCCUUCACGUCUGUAGAGCAGUUCACCAAACGCCAGUCCGGCACCGUCGAUGUCUGGUGGCUGUAUGAUGACGGAGGUCUAACGCUUCUACUGCCGUACAUUCUGUCGACACGUCGCGCGUGGUCUUCAUGUCCCCUGAGAGUGUUCACACUCGCCAACAAGAACACUGAACUCGAACUGGAGGAAAGAAAUAUGGCCUCCCUUCUAUCGAAGUUCCGUAUCGACUACUCCGCGUUGAAGAUGGUUCCCGAUAUCACGAAGAAACCGCGGGACUCAACGCUCGCUUACUUUGACAAGCUGAUCGCGCCCUUCAGGACCAACGACGAUAAGGAAGACGGUGACGGUAUAACCGAAGCGGACCUGCUAGCGGCCCGCGACCGCACAUACCGGCACCUGCGCCUGCGCGAGCUCAUCAUGGCGCAGUCGUCGACCGCGCGGCUCGUAUGCGUGACGCUGCCCCUGCCGCGCCGCCGCGGGGUCGUUCCUCCCGCACUAUAUACCGCGUGGCUGCAUGCCAUCGCCACCGCGGCCGACCGCCUGCUGCUGGUGCGCGGCAACCACGCGGCCGUGCUCACAUUCUACUCGUAGGUAGAAGGUCGAGGCGACAACGACAAAACGCUUACGUAGUUCACUCCAUUUUUUGGUCUGAAACUAAGUAAAAACGUUACGUACAAUCGUUUAAAGUUCUAAAUUACUAAUAUUUAAACUAGUUCUCAUGCUCUUCGGACAAGUGACUUUUUUUUAUUACAUCGACUACAGAUAAUUUUUACUGUUACAAAGUUCGAGUGAUUCGGUUGAUAAUAAAAUUAGUAAAAAUACGAAAAAAAAUGUAUUCAAUGUUAAGAUAACAUUAAGAGCAGAGGCACUUGUAAAUUAAGGUUUUAGUUAAGAAUUUUAUAGAUAAAAAAGUUUUAAACUGACGUUCAUUUAAUGAAAUAUUGUCUGUUUCGAUUUCCCAGUAAAAUAAUCUUAUUUUUUAAAAAAAUACAGAAUCUCAGUGCGAUCUUCUAGUGUACAUUCGUGAUAGGAAGAAGUUAAUCGAAUUUAAAAAUCACUACUUUUCCACAUCACAUGGGGGAAUGACUAGUGACAUUAAAUUUUAAGAAUAAAAUUCUCACACCGCCAUGGUAAUAAUAGAUCUGGAAAAAAAUCUAUUUGUGAUCAGUAAAUGUCUUUUUUCCCUAGUUUAUAUUCAUUUGUUUAGAUUGAUGUUCGGUUUGAAUCUGUCAUGAUUCGUUAAAGUAAAUUAACAGCAAUCUCCUUUUCAUUCUUCAUAGAGCAUGACUAGAGAAUCUCGCCAGAAUGAGGCCCAAAUUUUACUUAUUAUACCUAUGACAUUCCUCGUUUUGUCCUCGUAGUACAAAUAUGUAUAGGCUAUUAAAAAAAAAAAACUUCAACAUUCGUCAGUUUAAAUGCAAACCUGACUAAUAUUAUAAUUUUCUUUCAUAAUUAUGAAUUUAUAUAUCCAGUGUUUAAUAUUUACACAAAAGUAAAUGAAUUUACGUACACUUUUCAGUUACGGUUAUAUUUGAAUGCAAUGAAAAAAAUAAGUUAAAUCAAAGCAGAAACAUUCUGUGUCGUGUUGUGUUGUGAUGCGAUCGGUUUUAUACAUUUAGUAUGGUUAGAACUAUACUUGUGUGUCGCUAUGUGUGUGUCGACACAUCGCGACACACAACACACGCUUAAAGGACUACUGACCUAUUAGUACUUAAGACAUGCAGACAAAAACUUGUCCUAAUACCAUCUAUAUUAUUCUAUUCACUGCUUCAUAAAUAUUGCUGUCAUUAACACCUUACUUUAAAAUUAGACACAUACCUAGUAAACAAAAAAAUGCUCAA